UGAUCCAAUGAGCCGUUUGGUAGUUGUUCAGUUUUGCAACGAGUGAUUGUUUGGCUCCAUAGUUUUGUGAAGCCUCCUUUGUUUCUUUGGCUCAGCGGAGCUUAUUCAGCUACCUAAUUCAGUGUAAUUGAAUGGAAUUGCGGGGGUUUGAGAAACUCUUGAUUAAUUUGGAGUGUUUACGUUCAUGUCUGUGAUUUUCGACAGCUGCAUUUUUUCUAGUUUCGAAUUGGAAGCAGAAAAUGGACGCUUUUCAUCAGUUGUAAAAGCAGUUUGUUUUUCGAGGACUCGCUAUUGAUCCAAGUAGCGAUUUUCCUUUGAAAGAAACUGUUAUAUAUAGGAUGCGGAGGAAUGCGACAGGGUUUAGGGUGGAUCUCAGAGUGCGGCGUGAAAUUAUCGCAUUGAUUCUCGAAGAGCAAGUUGAUCAAUCUGGAUAAAUUUACAUUACAUUGUAGAUAAAACGAUGGUCUUUCUGCAUACUGCUGUUGCCCAAUAUCAAUUUGAACCAAUCCAUGUAGCAGCCUCCCGCAUUGUUGACACAAACACCACUCACGGUUUCAGUGCUGUUACACUGUGUCGGGGCCGUUUUAUCAUGGCAGCCACUGGUAAGUUAGCUAUUAGUCAUGGAGGAGUUGAGGCCGAGGUGGAGGCCCAGAUAGCUGCAGACCUGAAUAUUACUUGGGAGACUCCUUCGACUACCCCGUGUCCAGACGACUAUAUCAUCAUGAAUGGAACUCGGAUGGUGCGCCCCUACUUCUUUGAAUUCCUUGCUCACGUCAAGAAGCGAUGGGAGGGAAAAACUGUAGUGGAUCUAUUUGCACAAGAGUUCCGUCAGCGUCCCCGUGAAUACUAUGAGGAAGCAGUCAAACGAGGCCGCAUUCGAGUGGAAGGAAAGGUGGUGGCUCCUUCGUAUGUGGUUCGUGAUUCGCAAACAAUGAGCCACUUUGUCCACAGGCAUGAACCACCUGUAUUAGCCGGACGCGUAAUUGUGCUUGAAGAAGGACCAGACAUCAUUGUUGUCUCCAAACCGGCUACAGUUCCUGUGCAUCCUUGUGGUCAGUAUCGCAAGAAUUCGGUGAUCAGCAUUUUGGAGGCUGAACAUAAGACCGGUCCCCUCUUUCCUGUGCACCGCUUGGAUCGGUUAGUUUCAGGACUUCUCAUCUUAGCACGGAAUUCUCGUACAGCAGAUUUUUUUCGGCAAGAGAUUGAAGCUGGAGUUGUUCAGAAGCAAUAUGUGGCUAAGGUGAAGGGCGUUUUCCCAGCAGAGGAGGUGGAGCUGAAUGCUGCAGUGAUCUAUGAUCCUCGUGAAGGCAGAAGUUCUGUGGAGGUUCGAGCCCGUCCUGCAAAAGAGAUCGCAGUUGAGAUUGAAUCAACUCUUAAAGGAGCUUCAAAAAGGACCCCAGAAAGUGAUGCUAAAAGCAAGGAAUCAUGUACAAAAUUUCGGAGGUUGAGUACCGAUGGUGUUGACAGUAUCGUACAGUGCAUGCCCUUAACAGGUCGCACACACCAGAUUAGGGUACACUUACAAUAUUUGGGCUUUCCAAUAGCAAAUGAUGAUCUCUACCUGCACUCCAACGUCACCAAGCGUUCCAAGGCAAAUACGACAGCAGACAGAGCUGCUAAAAUUCCGGAGGUUCCAGAAACCAUAUCAGAAGUUAAAGACAGCUCCAUUGCUGUUCUUUCUACUGUUUCUGUAGACGUGAAUUACAGCGAUGAGAGAUUAGAUUCAAGCAAUGUGACUGCUCCGAGUGUUGCUGUCACAAACACCAAACAGGGUGAUAAUACUCGUGAGGCAGAACGAGAGAAACUUCAGGAGCAUAGCAAGAAUGCUGAAAUUAUCGACCGUCGAUCAAGCGAGGAUGCGGAAAACGCGUGCUCCAAUGGUGGUGAUCUAUUAGAGCCAGGUGUAUCACUGUCAAUAGAAGCUAAUGAAGUUCCUGAACUGCAAAAGGAGCGUUCCCAAUUUGUUUCUAAGAGUAUAAAUCCAAACUUCAUGGUCGAUCCUCUGUGUACCCACUGCCCCAACAUGGCACCUACAGGGUAUACUGGUGACGACGAAGGACUGUGGUUGCACUGCAUCCGCUACUCAGGCAGCAAUUGGACCUAUGAAUGUCCUCUACCCGAAUGGGCUCUGUGAUAAGGGCUCAGUUUUCUAUUAUAGGAAGCGCCAAGAAUAUUCACUCUUAGAUAUUAUGAAAUUUGUUCCAUGGUGGGAGCAGGACUCUCAACUAGAAGAAUUUUGUAGAUAAAACCCUUCCAUCCAGAAUCUGAUUAACCUCUUUCAUCAAGGUUAUAACUGUCCCAUUCUAGUUUUUAUUUGCUUAAUGUGUAAAGUAUUCUGCAUUUAAUUAGUUACAUUCCAAUUCUAAACUCUGCCGUCUCUUAAUAUAAAUCCAGAUGUGCAGUUCAACCUUGAUUAGGUGAAAUAAAUCUGAAGCAAACAGGGAAUUCAAACUAUGAGGUUUAAAUGGC